ACAGCAAAUACCAGAGCCUUUGUGGUCUGUGGACACAGCGUCAUGCAACAGCUGAUAUAAAGGCGAGCUGGGACAAGGAGAGGCGCCUUCAUACGGAAGUUGCACCAUCGCUCACUUGAGCAGAAGGGGGCGCUGUGGUCACAGUCACACUCUACAAGUACUAAUGUUACAUUAAGCGAAGAAGAAAAGUUUUACCAAUUUAUUAUGGAAAGUGUUUUAAAUAAGCAAAAGAGCCAAUGUACAGCUUUUUCCUGGAGUUUCAAAGCAUCGUUCAGAAUGGAGGUUAAGAAAAAAAACAUAUUCACAAAUUUACGCCUGAAAAUUGGCAAUAAGAAGAAGCCCGCUAAAAAUCCCUUUGCCAAGAAGAAAAGGAAUAUGCCCAAUCGCCGCAGUGUUUCCGUACCAGAUUUAAGUGAGGCAUUAUCUGCAGAGGAAAGCUCACCUGGUGUGGAUGAUACUGAUUCUGCCGUUCAGUAUUGUCCCGAAGACAAACCGGGUGAUUCAGUCCCAAAAGAUCAGUCAUCUGUGGCUUCGAAUAGGAUGAGUGCACCGAUGGAGACUAUGAGCCUUAUUGAAGAAAUCACUGAUGAGAUGGCAUCAAAUGCAGAUACCCUGACGAACAUGCCACAAGACCUUUUGUCUGCACAAACUAAAAACGCAAAGGGCAACGCUGCAUCAUCGACUGUUGACCCUGCUCCUGCAACAAGACAUGUUCUUGUUGACAGACAAGUACUUUCACCAAGUCCAGACCUUGCAGACAGGGAGAGUCUCUCCGGUAGAAAGGAGAACAGUGAAAAUACACAGAGAGUGCUUUCAGGUACCCUGGCUUCAGCACUGGUCAGAGCCCACUCACUGGGAGAGCAACAGAACCUUUACAAAGAGAAGAAGGACAUGGCACCUGAAAGAGCAACGCCACCAAGAAUGAAGAAAAUUGCUUUUGUAGAGAAACCUCAGCUUGUAUUAGAUAUACAGGGUCCUCCUGAGAAUGCGGACCUCACUUCACUGGACUCGGCCUGCGACACUCCUAGUGAGGAUCAAGUCAGCACGCUCUGGACAGACUCGGAAGAACCAGAACCAGACCCAGACUCAUGCUUAGAAACCAGAGACACUCAGCUGGACGAAGACCAGGACGAUUUGACAGAGAUUCCGAAUGAACAGUCCGACGAUUCUGAUGAAAAUGGUCAAGAUCCUGCUAUGACAGGAGGAACUGAGGACCAAGUGUCAGCCCCAUUCCAGAGAUACCUCCUGAACAUCAAUCUGAAACGAGGAAAGAACCUUGUGAUAAGAGAUAAACGUGCUGGCUCCAGUGAUCCUUAUGUGAAGUUUAAAAUGGAAGGAAAACAGCUGUACAAGAGUAAAGUGGUGUAUAAAAACUUGAACCCACGGUGGAACGAGUCCUUCUCGUAUCCCCUGCGUGAUCGAGAUCACGUCAUGGAAGUCCGGGUCUUUGAUAAAAAUCGCACUACUGAUGACUUCAUGGGUGCCAGCGCUAUAAGCCUGAAAGAAAUGGAACUGUACAAAACCUAUGAACUGGAGUUGCCUCUUGAAGAUCCAAAAAGUAAAGAAGACGACAUGGGAGUUGUUUUUGUUGAUGUUUACUUAACGUACAGAGAUCCCACGCUGAAAAGAACCCCUAUAUGGAUAGCAAAGAUUAAGAAGCCGACCCCGGUUGUGCAGCGAACAGGCGAAGUGCCGGCGAAGAAUCAGCAGAGCAACCAGACGUGGUCUAGGGUCCUCACUGUCGCCCUGAUAGAGGGACAGGACUUCCCAUCGAGCGGCCAAGGGGACAUCUAUGUUCGCUUUCGCCUCGGCGAGCAGAAGUACAAGAGCAAGCACCUUUGCGUUCAGCCCAAUCCCCAGUGGAGAGAACAGUUUGACUUCAAUCAAUUUGAAGAUAACCAGGAACCUCUGCAAGUAGAGGUGUACUCUAAGAGAGGAAGGAAGGGUGAGGAAUCAUGGGGAAUGUUUGAGAUUGACCUAGAGAGCCUUACACUUAAUGAGAGGCAGUUCUACACUCAUGUGCUGAACCCAGGAAAGGGCAUACUGGUGCUUCUGGUCACCUUAAGAUCCUGCUGGGGAGUCUCCAUCUCUGAAGUUGAAACAGCUCUCAUGGAGAAGCCUGACGAGAGAAAGUCGAUACAGGAGAGAUUUAGCUUAAGGAACUCUCACAAGUGUAUGGGGGAGGUUGGCUUCCUGCAGGUUAAGGUUAUAAAGGCAAAUGAUCUUCCAACAACCGAUCUCAAUGGAAAAAGCAACGCCUUCUGUGUUAUUGAGCUUGGUAACGGCAAACUUCAGUCUCACACAGUGUACAAGACUGUCAAUCCAGACUGGAACAAAGCCUUUACAUUCCCAAUCAAGGACAUUAAUGAUGUGAUAGAGUUGACUGUCUUUGAGGAAAAUGGAGUGGGAUCUCCAACAUUUUUGGGGAAAGUGGACAUUCCUUUACUGACUAUUCAAAAUGGUCAGGAGAUAACUCUGUUUUUGAAAAAAGAAAAUUUGGAAAGUCUGUCUAAAGGAACCAUCACAGUGGCGAUGGAGGUUGUCUAUAACCAAGUCAGGGCUUGCGUCAGAACCUUUCAACCAAAGGAAGCCAAACUGAAUGAGGAAAACCUGAAAUUCUCCAAAAAGGCUCUUGCCCGGCAUAUAUUUCGGGUUCGAAAAAUCAGCACAGUAGUCCUGAACACGUUACAGUACAUUAAAAGCUGUUUCCAAUGGGAAAGCACACAACGGAGUCUAUUAGCCUUUCUGAUCUUCCUUGUGACGGUUUGGCACUGGGAUCUCUUCAUGCUGCCCCUCUUCCUGCUUCUGCUCAUCGGCUGGAACUACUUCCAGCUCGCUGCAGGGAAGGCCACCUUCAACCAGGACCUGGCGAACGAAAGCAUGGGUGAAGAUGAAGACGAAGACGAGAAGGAAGCUGGGAAAAAGGGUUUGAUGGAUAAGAUACAUAUGGUGCAAGAAAUAGUACUUACCGUCCAGAGCCUCCUGGAUGAGAUCGCCAACAUCGGGGAGCGAGUCAAAAACAUAUUUAACUGGUCUGUCCCGUUCUUGUCGACCCUGGCCUGCGUGGGGCUGUUCGCGGCAACAGCACUCUUGUAUUUCGUCCCACUGAGAUACAUUGUGCUGAUUUGGGGCGUUCACAAAUUUACCAAGAAGCUGCGCAACCCAUAUUCUAUUGACAAUAAUGAAAUACUGGAUUUCCUCAGGAGGGUGCCGUCCGACGUUCAAAAGGUGCAGUACAGCAUGGUGAGAGCGCCCACCAGCCAGAAAAAGAAAAAGUAAGCUCGGCGGACGCUCCGGAUGAAAGGCUGCUCUUCUUUUGAAUACGCUGCGAUGCAGUCCACCUGACAACAAUGACCCCGUGCACCCCCACCGCACCACCCCAAGUCUGCCCCCUGCUGUGGAGGGGCAGCCAGUCGCUCUCUGGUUUGUGCAUUUGGCACCCCCCUGACAGGGGCUGUGAACUGCAGCAACUAGGAGGCCAGCACAUGGCGCUGUCAAUCACAAGCCUGGAGGUAAAGAAAAGAGAGCUCGGCGAGACUCAGCCUUCAUCUUUGGAUGUGAUUUAGGAAAAGGAAUGAAAGCGUGGGGUUUGGCUUUCCGCAGACACGCACGCUUCUGUUCUGGGAUUCUGGAUUUUGAAGAAACUAAGCAAUUUACCUUAUAGUAAAAUGAACAGAUUACAGUUUAUAGAAAACAGACCCACUCUACAUGUAAAUAAUAAAAAAAAGUUUUAUAUAUUCCAAACAAUUUAAAGGGAUUUAUAAAGAAUUAUGUUUUGUCAACAUAGUGUGUUAGGGCAAAUUACCCAAAUCUAAUAUUCUGUGAAGGAUUUUUUUUAUCAUAUUUCAUAUUUUUACCUGUUUUAUUUUAACUUGUGAACAAAUGAAUUUAUAUUUCUAAGUAUAAAUUUGUCAUGAUUCAUUCAGUUAAUUGUUAAUUUAUCUUUACAUCGUGUCUGAAUCAUUAUCAUCAACAGAGAACUUCUAAAAAUCCAAUAAAAUCUCGAUCAGUUUGA